UUGAGACAUCUACGGUAAAUGUAGAUUAUUUAAAACCUUUGUUUGUUUGAAGCAGACCUAGUUUUACCUGUCUCCAUACCUAAGCCUGUUAAUUACAACAUGGCAGGGAUUGCAAUGACAUUAUGUACAGACAAGCUGUUUAAAGUUCUAGUCAUUGGGGAUAUAGGCGUUGGAAAAAGCAGCAUUAUCAUGCGUUAUGUUGAUAAACGCUUUGAUGAAAGAUACAAAGGAUCUAUUGGAGUUGACUUUUCUCUAAAAACAAUUGAAUGGGAUGACAAGACAGUGGCGAGACUACAGAUUUGGGAUAUAGCAGGCCAGGAGAGGUCUAAGAACAUGUCCAGAGUGUACUACAAAGGGGCAAUGGGAGCAGUAGUGGUCUUUGACAUGACAAACAGCUCCACCUUGGAGGGUGCCUCAGAGUGGAAGCGGGACCUAGAUGGCAAAGUCUGUCUGGACAGCGGACAUCCAAUCCCCGCUGUCCUGCUGGCCAACAAAUGUGACAUGACAGGAAGACACGAAGACUUGGUGUCCUCUCUGGAUGGCUUCUGUAAAGACAACAACUUCAUAGGGUGGUUUGAGACCUCUGCAAAGGACAAUAUAAAUAUUGAUGAGGCAGGUGCCAUCCUUGUCAAACAAAUGAUGCUCUGCGACACCGACCUGUCCAAUGAAGAGGACCACUGGUACGGGAUUGAAUUGAGCCAGGCUCCGAGGGAGAGUCAGAGCCAGUCAUUGUGCUGCUGGAGACCACGGCUCUGAGCCAAACAACAUCAGCAACUGGUUAAACGUCUAACAAGACCUGUUUUUGAUACCAAGUCAUGAAUGCACCACAAAGGAGCUAUUUCAGAAAGCUAGUGAGCCUGUGUCUCAUGUAGUCAGUAACUUCAUAAUCAUAUUUCUGCCUUGCUGUGUUUCAGAAUCAGAAUCAGAAUCAGAAUCAGAAAUCAGAAUCAGAUCAGAAUCUUUCUCAAUAAAGUGUCAAGUGUGUGGGCUGCCUCAUAAACACCUCUGUGAGAUGUUUGAGCUAAUUUCUCUGAUAAUCCACUGAUACAGUUAGGCUAAUAAAAAGAUCAGCAUGACACAGAUCCUGCUGGGAAAAGUCUGUGACUCUCCCCGUGCAACCAAGACUGGUUGGUGACCUACUAUAAUGAGAGGCCUGAAACUGUGAAACAGAUUUUCUCAAACCACAAAAAACAGCAAGAGUGAGAGAGAGAGUCUUAAAACAUUCUUGUAUAUGAAGCCGUUAAAUAUUCCUCAUUAAACGACAACCUAUUCAGCUCCGAGUGUUACUUGUCUGUUAUGCAAUCCAUGCAUAUAAUUAUCUGUUAAUCACUUCACAGUGAGAUGAGCUAAGACCCAUGCAUAAGCAUCACAGCCCGGCUUGAUAUGGCCAAUAGCAGAAAACAGCUAUCAGCAUGACCUGAUUUUGGUGGAGGGAGGAAAUAUGUGAGAAUGCAUCACACUGCUACACACACCACCCAGAAAGCACUGAGUUACUGAGUGUGCAAAGCUGCAGGGAUGCUGUAUUGAUAGAUAACAAUUAUCAAAACACAUAAUAUUCUAAUUCCUUUUUGUUGGUAAAAGCCAUGAUAUGUCUGCAUUUGGAAACUGAUGCAUUUGCAAGUGUUUGUUGAGAAACUGAGAGACAGAGGG